CAACAUCUAACGCUGCUACAAAUAAUAAGCGAAUAUACAAGACGACAAUUUAUACUGCUAUUUUUAUUGCAUUUCUAAUAGUCCUCCUCAUACAUUUUCAAAUCCUAACUUGUUGUACAUAAAGAUGAAUCAAUCAUCAGCCCAACCUUCUAUUCAAACAGCAACUCCUAACAAUACAACAACAACUCCUCACUGUAGAGUAGUUAAUCAUCAACCAACAACUCAACAUUCCCACCUCCAUUCACAUCAACAAGAACAACAACGCUUAUUCCGAGUACCAAUGGAUAGACUCUUUUCAAUUCCAUUACAGUCAUUGGUUCAUAAACCUCAUCUUUAUCAAUUCAUUGUUGAAUUGAGAUCCAGAUAUGUCCAACAUUUAUUAAGAACUGUUUCAAGUGACCCAUUGCAAGAUCUUAAAAGACAAGAUAAUGAGGUAUUUUGCUCUCAUGUUUCAGAUAUUGUAAAGGAAACUGAAAAAUUAAUUGAAGAUAUGAAUAGUGAAGAAUAUCUUGCCAAUGAAAAUGGUGACAAUAAUUACUAUACAACUCUUGGGAGAAUUCAAAUGAUCAAGUCACAUAUGAAGAUUUCUCAAUGUUUAGCUCCUCAAACAACUGAAGAAACAACUAGCUUUAAUCCAUAUGAAGUUAUUGAACCACAACACUUUCAAGAAAUACCAGAAGAUGAAGAAGAAGAUGAUGAUGACUCGGUUUCUGACAUGUCAGAUGAUGAAGAAACUAAUCAAUCACUCUCUCUAGAAGAAGAUUUCCAUUCCAUCCUACAAAAUUCUCAUUCCAACCACUCUCUCCAAAUAUUUGAAAACAAUCAACCAAACGUCACUCUUAAAAUUGAUAACUCUCCCCAAACUAGUUCAAAUCCAACUCACCAACCAUCAACAUUUGAGAUUCAAAAAUCAGAAGAGAUUUCUAGACAAAUUCAAAACUCUGAACCUAUUAAGAAUGGAUCAUUGUGUUUUAAUCAACAUCAUCAUAUUGUUGUUGGUAAAUAUGAUAGAGAUUUAUUGAUUAAGGAAAAUAGACUGAAAUGUUGUGCAAUGAAAAAGAGUACAAUAACAAUUUUUGCCGAGAAGAGAAACUCUAGAAAUGGAAAAGUAAUGAAGAGAGAACAGAAAGCAAAAUCAUUACUUAGAUUUUAUAGAAUUAACGUUGAUUUUAACUAUUUGGUUAACUCUUUCAUUGAAAAGCAAGCACUUCAAAUGCACCAACACUAGUCUUCUAACAUUAUCAUUCUUCCAAUCCCCAACCAAUUGUAAAUAAUAUAUCUUUUAAAUUCCUUCCCAAUCUGAGUAAACCGCCACAAUUUUGAAUAAUAAAUACAACAAGUAUUUUACUUAUC